ACCUUAGGCCAACUAAGCUAUCUACUAAGUCUGUGGAUGAAACCACGAUGAAAAAAAAAACACGAUGGCGAAAUCCACAAGCGCAACGCCAAUAAUUAAAAAAGAGGGAGAAAAUGAAUCACGCACGAUGAAACAACAAACAACAAACAACCAACGUUGAAUUUUAUUUGUUGAUUGAAUUUAAUUUACUUACCUACUUAUACUUUUACUCUUUGAUUGAAUUGUUGACUAUGAUAGCGUCGGUAUUCUAGCGUUUAUAGAUUGUUGAUAUUUAAAUCAUUAAAUAUGAUGCUCUUUUAAUAGGAAAGCUAAAACUAAAAUUUAAAAAGAAACAUUUGCAAAAACAAAUACAAUUGACUAGCAGUCUACUACAUUUGUUAAUUAUUAUGUUUUUUAAAGACUUAUAUCUAUCAUAAUGUCUCUAUUUCCUGCAUAUGCACAGGAAAAUAUUACUGAAAGUAUUCAAGAAGCAGCUAGUGUAUCUCCUACUUUAGAGGCGAGCCUACUAGCUAGCGAUGAAGAAGAACUGCGUUCCUGUGAAGAAAGUAGUGACCGUGAAAACCAGGCUUCCUUGCGCAUCUUACCAUCACCACCUCCACCACCAUCCUGUGACUACUACCAGGACCGUGUGCGCGACACCGGCAAUCUGCGUGUCUCUACACUCUACUACCCAGGCAGACCAAACAUUAACUGCCGUCAUUUCAUUUCUGGGAUUGACUUUGAUCGCUUGCCCUCUGUAAAGUUCAAUGGGACUAUAAUUCCCUAUUCUAAAACAGUUAGAAAUUUGGGAGGUAUCAUCGAUCAUCAUUUCUCUUGGAGGCCGCAGGUAGAGACUGUCAGAAAAAAUUACUCAUCGCGCGACGAGUUGACGCUCGGGACCGCGGGCGGGCGACGGGAGCGUCGCAGGCGACACUCGAAACGUUACUUCGAGAGCGCGGCGCCUCCUCCGCCGCCGGAGCGCGACGAGGCGGCCGCGCGCUCCGCCGCCUACCGCCGCAUGCUCGCCGACGCGCCGACCGACGUCGACCUCUGGCUGCGAUACAUACAUUUUCUGGAAUGGAGCCGCGGGGGCGGGGCGGCGCUGCAGGCGGCGGCGGAGGCGGGGGCGGCGCUGCGCGGGGGGGAGCCGCGGGGCGCGGGGCUCAUCCGGGACGCGCGGCUCGAGCUCGCCCGCCGGCACCUGCCCGCCACCGAGUACCUCACCGUGCUGAGGGACAUGAUCGCCGACGAGAAGUCGGUGAGCGCGCGAUGUGAGCUGUGGGCCGAACUAGUGGAGAGCGCGGGGGCGCGGGCGGGCGCGGGGGCGGGGGAGGGGGCGCUGCAGGUGCUGCGCGCCGCGCUGGCGGACGUCGCGCGCCACGCGCCCGCCUACCCGCGCCUGCUCUACGCGUACGUUAAAACGGGGGACAGGCGACCCUCGUCGGGUUCGGUGAUUCGUCAAGUUUCCCUCUCCGGACAAAUCGGAGGGAUCCCCUUCGUCGUCUGCUCUUUAAAAUUACUUUUGCCUCCUGAUCGCUCGUUUUCCGACCGGGUCCCGCGUUUUCAUAAAAUAAACGGUUCGGUGCUGCGCGCGGCCGGCCUGUGGGAGAGCCUGGUGCUGCUCGUGGAGCUGGUGGCCACCGUCAACUUCCCCCCCAGCGCGGCCUUCCCGCCGCGCGCGGGGGCGGGGGCGGGGGCGGGCGCGGGGGCGGAGGCGGAGCGCGCGCUGGCGGCGGCGGAGGAGGCGGUGGCGCGGGGGGGGCUGCCGCUGGGGGCGCGGUGGGCGCGCGUGGAGCGGGCGCGCGCCGCCGCGCACUGGCGCCCCGCAACGGACCUGGCGCCCGACCAGCUGCAGGCGGACCCGCAGCGCGCGCCGCUGGCGGGGGACGUGUGCGACGCGGUGCGGGGGGGGGCCGCCGCCCCCCUCGCGCUCGCCGUCGCGCUGCUCAUGCUGGCCAAGGUACAGUAAGGGAAUUGACAGCUUAAUUACAUAUGGUCCCGGACGCUCCGGAACGUUUCUUCAUCAAUAACACGUCGGUCCCGCCCCGAAAUCUAGGUAACCGAUACGAUUAGUGCUCCUACUAUGAUACGAAAAAUUGCUUCGGGGCGAUGUUUAAUAAUGAUUUUAUUAUAAGUUAAAUUCGUUACAAUUGCAUUUCAGUUCAGUCAUAGUAAUUAAUUUAUAUUAUCGAAAUUAAAUUUCAA